CUUUUAACAAGAAUACACACGACGCAGCGACUGUUUUUAAAAACAAAAUUUCCUUCAAUUAUUUUGCUUUCACCAUUUCUUCGAAGGUCUCUAUACUCAUCUUUCUCGGUUACUCCGCUACUAGUCUACAAAGGGUUAUUGGUGUUCAUUCUUUUCGUUGGAGAAAUCAGUGCUCAAGCCAUGGCGUUUUCGACUCUUAUAAGAUCUGCAGCUCCUGUGAUCGAAGGAUCUCGCUGUGAGCUCUCUCACUUUGAUUCUGGAGUUGGCCCUGAAUUAUGCAAGAUAUCUCACCUUAGCUUUAAUCGAAGUCUGAAUUCGGUUAGGCUUGACAAUAGCAUUUUCGGUACCGGUGUUUCUUGUAAAUCAUCUUCCAUACAGAAAUCCAGUGGCAGGAGUAUUCAACCUAUCAAAGCCACAGCUACAGAGGUGCCCCCUACAAUUCAGAAAUCACGGAGUGGUAACAAGACAAAGAUUGGAAUCAAUGGUUUUGGUCGCAUUGGGAGGUUGGUCUUGCGUAUUGCGACAACCAGGGAUGACAUUGAGGUGGUAGCUGUUAAUGAUCCCUUUAUUGAUGCGAAGUACAUGGCUUACAUGUUCAAGUUUGAUUCAACACAUGGUAGAUUCAAGGGAACCAUCAAUGUUGUUGAUGAAUCUACUUUGCAAAUUAAUGGGAAGCAGAUUAAAGUUACCAGCAGAAGGGAUCCAUCAGUGAUCCCCUGGGGCGAUUAUGGGGUUGACUAUGUUGUUGAGUCGUCUGGUGUUUUUACAACAAUGGAAAAGGCAUCAUUUCACUUGAAGGGUGGAGCCAAGAAAGUGGUCAUAUCAGCUCCAUCAGCUGAUGCACCUAUGUUCGUUGUAGGAGUAAAUGAGAAGACUUACAAGCCUAGCAUGAACAUUGUUUCUAAUGCUAGCUGUACCACCAAUUGUCUUGCUCCUAUUGCCAAGGUUGUCCAUGAGGAGUUUGGUAUCGUUGAAGGUCUCAUGACAACGGUGCAUGCGACUACAGCAACACAGAAGACUGUAGAUGGGCCCUCGAUGAAGGACUGGCGAGGUGGCCGUGGUGCUGCUCAGAACAUCAUCCCUAGUUCCACUGGGGCAGCAAAGGCUGUUGGAAAAGUUCUUCCAGAACUCAAUGGAAAACUCACUGGGAUGGCUUUCCGUGUCCCAACCUCAAAUGUUUCGGUUGUGGACUUAACUUGUCGACUUGAGAAAACUGCUUCAUAUGAGGAUGUGAAAGCAACGAUAAAGCAGGCAUCGGAGGGACCAUUGAAAGGCAUUCUUGGAUAUACAGAUGAAGAUGUUGUUUCUAAUGAUUUUGUUGGUGACUGUAGGUCAAGUAUAUUUGAUGCAAAGGCUGGAAUUGGACUAAGUUCCUCCUUCAUGAAGCUUGUUUCUUGGUAUGACAAUGAAUGGGGUUACAGUAACCGAGUGUUGGACCUGAUUGAGCACAUGGCAUUGGUAGCUACUCAGAACUGAAUGAGGUGUUUGGGCCACAGAUUUUAGGUUCAUUACCAGUUAUGGUUAAUGCUGCAGCUACUGCUACUGCUACUGCUACUGCUGCUGAGAUUUUAGUGGGGCCUAUCUAUUGUUGGAAGAGAUUGGUGAAUUAUAGAUUUUAAUAGAGAACAGUUUUGGACGGUCGAGUUUUUUGAUGGAAGUUUUUUUAGGAGGGUUGAAUUGAAUAGCUGUUUAUUACCUAAGGAGUUUGAGGGAGUAACUAUGGCUGAUGAGCAAAACAGAAAUAUAGCAGAUGAGACGUCAAAAAAGAUCUGUCUCAAAUUCUUGACUUAAAUAAUCCAAUUUCUUCAAUGUAAGAGUUCAAUUCAAGCAGAUGUAUUCGAGUGUUUUUAAUUCUCUAUAUAAGCAUUAUGGACUA